AUGGCGCGGACGACCACCAGAAAAGCCGGCGGUGCCGCAAAGCCAGCCCCACAACGCGAGGCUUCCAAUGACAUGGUCGACUCGGAUGGCUCCUUGACCGAGCUCUCCUCGGAGGGCGAGAACAGCGAACCAGAAGUGGAGAGCUCCGAGGAAGAGAUCGAAGAAGAUGACGACGAGAACGACGGUGACUUUGGAUCGAGUCGAAAGAAGGCUGCUCCGCGCCGUUCGGCCGGAGGAGCAGCGCCGCGUUCGAGGCAAUCCAACACCACUCCGCGCGCCCGCAAGUCGGCCGGCACGGCCAAGACGCCCCGAUCAGGCUCCAAGCGCUCCGGACCGUCUCGCCCCCGCGCUGGUACGUCGGCGGCUACUCCAUCCGCGGCUCGAUCACGCGCAGCCGCCAGCAGGGACGAGCUCCCCAUCAACGACGACAACGAAAUCUUUGUCGCUGUCAAGGACCCCAACUCGGCCCUUCAGUCCAUCGCAGAGGACUGGGUCGUCGCCUUCUCAGACAACGAAGCGAGCGCGCUAGCCGACCUUGUCAACUUCAUCAUCCGCGCCUGCGGCUGCAACGGCAGUGUUGACGAGAAUCAGGUGGUCGACAUCGACAACGUCGUCGACAACCUCGAGGAGCUGCAAGAGGCGUUCAAGAAGCAGCCCAUCCCUUCGUACCCUAUCGUCUCCCGCAGCAAGACCUUCAAGUCGUUCCGCAAGUCGCUCAACGACUUUCUCCAUCGCCUCGUCAUGAGCGCCUACGACGCCGAGAUCCUCACCGCGGAUGGCUUCAUGGAGCCGUAUCAGGCCUGGGUCUCCGCCAUGUCCUCGUCCUCCCUCCGAUCCUUCCGCCACACCGCCACCGUCAUUGCGCUCUGGACCAUCUCGGCGCUCAGCGAGGUCGGCGCUCAGGCCACCAAAGAUCUCGCCACCGCCACAAAGCAGCGCGACGCAGAAAAGAAAAAGGCACGCACAGACAAGAGCCGAUUGAAGGACCUCGAGUCCAAGCUCGUCGAGUCGCGCAAGCUCAAGGCACGUUUGGAGGAGUACAUCAACGAGUUCAUCAACUCGGUCUUUGUCCACCGCUUCCGCGACUUUGAUGCGGGCAUUCGCUCCGAGUGCGUCAGCGCCCUCGGAUCGUGGAUGAAGAACCACCCGUCCCAGUACCUGCAGAGCUCGUACUUCCGCUACAUUGGCUGGGUGCUCUCGGACGUCGAUGCGAGCGUGCGCAUGGCCGCCGUGCAGGCCAUGACCGGCCUCUACACCGGCGGCAACUUUGUCAGCUCGGUCCGUCACUUUACCGAGAUGUUCAAGGCGCGCCUUGUCCAGAUGGCCACGGGCGAUGUCGAGCUCGGCGUGCGCAUCGCCACGAUCAACGUGCUCGCCGUCAUCGACAAGCACGACCUCCUCGAAGACGAGCAGCGCGAUCUGCUCGCCACCCACAUCUUUGACGUCGAGCCUAGCAUCCGCAAUGCCGUCGCCGGCUUCCUCGCCAACAUCCUCGACGAGAUGGUCAGCGAGGGCGCAAGCGAGCUCGGCUCGCUCUCCGCCGCCUCCAAGAAGAAGGGCAAGCAGGCCGAGGAGAUGCAGCACGAGAAGGCCAAGCUCCGCUUCAAGUGCCUCGCAGAGCUGUUGGUCAAGUACGGCCAUCGACUCGACGCCGCCGCGGGCACUGCCGAGACCGAUGCGGUCGAAGAGCUGGGAGUCGUCAUCCACGGCGCCAAAGAGGGCCGCGUCGGCAUGGCGGUCGAGGCGCUUUGGGGCGCAGUCGAUGAGCUGCAACACUGGAAGGCGUUGCUGGAUCUUUUGCUGCUCGACCACUCCGACAAGGCGGCUGCAGGUGGCAACAAGGCCAUCGAGAAUGCCGCCCCGGCCGUCUACCGCCUCGACGCGGACGAAGAGGCGGUGUUGGUCGAGGCCCUUGCGGCCAUCCUGCGCAAAACCCUGGCCGGAGCCGAGGCGAUCGACGAUGCCGACGACACCACCAAAGAGGACGUCUCUCGUGCCUCGAUUGCAGCGCUGCCCAAGCUGUUCUCCAAGUACCGCACCGAUGCGCCUCGCAUCGCCGACUUGCUGCUCAUCCCGCAAGUCUUGGAUCUCGAGAUGUACACCGAGCUGCAAGAGGCCACCGCAUUCGAGGCACUUUGGGACGACGUCUCUUCUCAAAUUCAGCGCCACGUCGAGCCCCUGGUGCUCAAGCAUGGCGUGCAGACGCUGCAGAAGCUGAUGGCCACCACCUCGCAGUCGAACGUGAACAGCACCAAGCUUUCGGCGCUCGAGGAAGCGCUGGUCUCGUCGUUGCGCGAGACGGUCAGCGACCGCGACGUGGAGACGGCGGGCUUCAGCGAGGACGAGGUGCAUCUCUUGGCCGCCAACAUGCUCCGCCUGCAUCUGGUCAGCCAGGUGGCCAACACGAGCGAUGCGCUCGAGGACGAUGAGGGCGGACAGGCUACCAGCGGCUGGGAGAUUGUGCUGGGCAUCGCAAGCCGUGGUUGCCUGGCGUACAAGGAGGAGGAGAGCCUGGUGCGGGACGCCAUCGCCACUCUGGCGCUCUACAUCAUGUGGAAGACACGCCAGGUGAUCCUGCCCGAAGCUGGCUCGCAGACGGCGCUGGCCGAGGCACUGCUCGCCAAGCGCACGCCCGUGCUCAGCCUUCUGGAGGAGUUUGUGGCCAGCACGCAGUCGCAGGCGUGCAUCGGCGUGCAGCGCGUGGCGUUUGAAAAGAUCGCCACGAUUCACAUGCUGUAUGCCGCCAUCCCUCAGCAGACGCCGGCUGCUGCGACGGCAGACGACGCAUCGGUCGGGCAGGCGGAAGAGGAUGCUGCUGCUCGUCUUCGCGCCAGCCCUCAACUCCCCGUUUUGCUCAAUCUGCAGUGCCAUUCGGACCUGCAACAGCACUGCGCUCACUUUGUCAAGGCCGAGAUCGAGCGCUACAUCGAGAAAUCGAGCGUGCUUGAAAAGGAGGCCAACGGCCAUGCGGAUGCCGCCCACGAUAGCAGCGACGAAGAGGCGGCCAACGGCAAUCACGACCACAACGAGGACCAGGAAGACGAGGACGACGAGGACGCUGAGGCGACGCCGAAGGCCUCACGCGUCCGCGGUGGCAAGAGCAAAAAGGCCAAGAAGGGCGCGUCGGCCGGUAAAGCUUCGAACGGAGCAGGCGCGGUCACCGAGCGGCCGAACGAGGCGCAGCUGCAGGCCGAGCACACGUUCUGCUCAGUGAUCAGCACGUUUGUCGCGGCGAUCCGUGUGGGUGUGAUCGACGCCAAGCACUCGACGGUGGUGCUCAUCCACUUUGGCCGCCUGGGUGCGAUCUACGAUUCGUGCUGCAAAGCGCUGGUCGAGGUGCUCAAGGAGGAGGCGAUCUUUGGCGGAUACAACCGCGCGGUGAUUGUCGAGAGCUGCAUCUGGGACUCGCUGCGCGAGGCGUUUGAACUGUGCCUCGACGGCGGCGAUGCGGGUGGCGAGACACGUUUUGUGUCGCUGUCGCGCCAGCUGGCGAAUGCGCUGGUGGUGCGCGGUGCGGGCUUCACGGCUCUGCGCAAGAUCGACGCCAGGUGUCUGAUCUCGCUGCACAGCCGGGCGAGCGAGCACAUUGCGCAGAAGGUGGCGGCGGCCGAGCGCAACGGCGACAAGCGCGUCAAGCAGAAGAUGCCGGCGCUUUACAAGGGCAUGGCGAAUCUGCUCAUGACCGCGACGCCAACGGAUGCGGUCAAGAUCAAGAGCGCCAUGGACCGCGCGUUCCGUGCGGCCAAUGUGCAGGUGCCGCCCGCAGCCAAGGCGUGGGAUGCUCACCGCUCGUACGAGAAGCGACUGCUCAAGAUCGCUGCCAAGAGCGCGCUGUUUGCUCCCGCCGUGGCGGCAUCGGGCAAGAAGGACGACGGAGCGGCGCGGAAGGGCGCAGCGGCAGCGGCGGGAAGCGGAGAGCUGUCGGACAGCGGAGGCGAAUUGACCGACGACGAUGCGGCUGACGACGACGGAUUGCCCGCUAACGGAAGCCGCGUGCUCCCGACACCCGUGCGCAGCUCGCACAAGCGCGACCGUGCCGAGGCCGAGGGCGGCGAGGAGGAGAGCGACAAUGAGAUGGACGACCACGAGGUGGUUGGCAGCGAAAUGGCCGAUCUGGACGUGGACAUGCCCACGUCCGAGGCCGGGUCGCUGCGACUGGACCUGGACGACGACGGCAACGACGAGGCCGCGGUCGGCGAUGCGUCGAGGCGCAAGCGAAUCAAGACGUGA